GUAAGUUUAAGAAGGGUUUCAGCAAUUUCCACUAAACUGGAAAGACCUUGUAUUACAGGAAGCCACAGGGUUCUCAUUCAUGACUCAUUGCAGAAUGUCUCAAACAAGGAGAAUCCCCGGGCACUUUGUCUUCUCCAGCUACCCCAAUGGAGCACCAGAAGAGGAAACCUACAGUGAGCUCCAAACAAUUCCAGAUACCACACAGCAAAUGGAGUUUAAUAUCAGCUCAGCUACCCAGGUUGGCCAUCAGCUGGCCCUGAUUGGGGAUGAAUUUAACAGGAUUUACCACAGCAAGUUUGAAGACACACUGCUUCACCUGGCACAUAGGGUUGCUAUCAGUGUUUUCCGGACAUGGAGUAAUGUUAGAAGUGUAAUAAGCACCUGUGGAAAUACUUUGAAUACCAACUGGACCAAGAGGAUCACUGGUUAUGGAAGCUGGAUUUGCAGGCUUUCUUCCAGGUGCAUCUGCCAGAAGCUGGUGCCUGCAGCCUUGCUUGCCGUUGUGAUCUUUUGGUGGGCCAUGACUUACGGACUGCAGAAUUAA